AAGUGCCCCCAUCCAAUUCAUAGUCAUUCGCGGGUUUCGUUGCGUGUUCAUGCGUUUGUGUCAAAAUGGCGCUGAUAGCAGGGCUCAAAACGCUCCUGUUGAUUGCCUUAAUGGCUACAUCAUGUCUUCAGUAUGUCAUGUGUCAAAUGAAUCCAGAAUUUGGAAGUUUAGUAAGAAGGUACAAAGAAGAUGCUAGAGUUAGAGCAGCUGCAUCUUCCAAGGAUGAUCUCAAAGUAUUACUUACGGAACGAGGCAUAGAUGUAGAGAAUAUGGAGUCAAUUUUGGAGGAUGAUCAUCAACUUGCGCAGUUUGUGAAAACCCAUCUGAGCGAGGCUGUAGAAGGUGCCAAGCAGGUUGAAAUAGAAGGUAAACUCUGGUAUGGUCUUGAUGAUGAUACACUCCUAUCUGAGAUCUGCUUCCAGGAUACCAUGCAGUACUUUUCUGAUCUAGACAAGGGUGAAUUAUACGCCCGUAGAAUGCGUGGGGCACACGGCGACGUCAUGUCCGUACUAGAGACGAGUGAAUUUACAUGGAACUUCAAAGAGUACGGCAAUUAUUGGCUAUGCACUUCCAACACAGCAAACAAGACAUCGGGAGUACCUUCCUUCGACGCCCAGUACUGUGCCACUUUUGGAUUCGGGUUUGCGAUAUGGGGUACAUGUUCACCCAAUACAUGUACAACCAAGGAGAUUCAAGCAGUAUCAGACGCAAUUUGGAAGGCCCUUAAUGUAGAGUCACCUGUCUACUAUGAAUGUAAUGAACCAGAGGAAUGGAGGACUGCCGAUAUCGCUUUCUUGGCUCUGAUGUCGUUCUUUGUGGCUAUGGUAGUAGGGGGUACAUUUUAUGAUAUGUACCUCCACAAGAUGGUGUUGGCCAAGGUAUUGCGACAAACGAAAAUACAACACAGCGAAAAUGACCUUGCCAGUGACGAGUCCAAGACAGCCACGUCAUCUGUUGAUGAUCCGGAUCUAGAAAUGGGUUCCGAGGUCAAAGAAAAUGGCGCCAAAUGCAAUGGAGGAUUUGAGAAAGGAGAGGACAAUUUGAAAGAUGAGAAGAAAGUGCCCAUGGAGAUCAAAGAGGAAGGAAUGACUUUGAAGAAGGAGAAGAAAACGAAGAUUGACUUGAAGUGGGCUAUCCUGGACGGAGUAAUGAUGUCCUUCUCAGUUGUUUCCAAUUGCCCAAAGAUCUUAAGUGCCAAGAAAACGAAGGGUAACUUGGCCGCUCUCAACGGUUUAAGAGUCAUCAGUAUGUUCUGGGUCAUCCUUGGCCACUCGUUCCAGUUCCAGUUUAGUCACUUCGACAAUGCCAACGAAGUGUUCACUAAGAUUCAAACCUUCGGAGGGUUGGCCAUUGUCAACGCAACCUAUUCCGUGGACACAUUCUUCGUGCUCAGUGGUUUCCUUGUAACAUACAUCACACUGAAACAGAUCGAAAGUAAACGACUAGGUAGUGUUUUCAGCUGGUUCAUGUUUUACUUCCAUCGUUGGUGGCGCCUCACUCCUGCCCUAAUGGCGAACAUCGGAAUUUGGGCCUUACUGAAACCACACUUUGGGCAGGGUGUCUUGACUGAUGGCUUCCAUGACCAAGUUCGAACUAAAUGCGGCGAAACCUGGUGGGCUUACAUGCUCUAUAUCAACAAUCUAUACCCAUGGCCAAAUGACCUUACCAAUACUUGUUUUGGUCAUGCAUGGUACCUGGCAAACGAUAUGCAAUUCUACAUCAUCAGUCCUCUUAUUCUCAUCAUCCUAUACAAGAAUGGCAAAGCAGGAUUGGCUCUUAUUGCUUCUCUUCUUCUAGUCUCGCUAGGAUCAUUGGCUGGUCUUAACUAUUAUUAUGGAGUCAACAUGGAUCCCUGGUAUCAACAACCACCUUAUAACGACCGAUUGGCAGACUACCCUGACAAAGACAUAAUAUACGCCAAACCUUAUACCAGAAUUUCAACUUACCUCGUCGGCAUGGUGAUGGGAUACAUCAUCUUCAAACUCAAAGGAAAGAAAGUCAAACUUAGGAAGAUCUACGUCUUGACUGGCUGGUUGAUUGCUCUCGGCACCCUCUUUGCUGUGGUCUACGGUGCUUACGGUUGCCUAAAUCGCUACAUAGAACAGUGGGAGUCGAUGAUCUAUUUGACGUUCGGUCGCCUUGCUUGGGGUAUAGGCAUUGCUUGGAUCAUCUUCGCUUGUCUUAAUGGAUACGGAGGACCUAUUGGAGUUUUGUUAGACUGGUCUUUCUGGAUACCAAUGGCCCGGCUUACAUACUGCGCCUAUCUGCUUCACCCAACAUGGAUCUUUGCUGCUGUCACUUUCAACAAGACUCUCUUUCAUAUGGAUUAUCUGUCGUUUAGCUACUUCUAUGUGGGGAAUCUGGUCUUCUCUUAUGCGAUAGCCUUGGUCAUGUCUUUGGUGUUGGAAAGUCCUCCAAUGGGACUAGAGAAAGUCAUGUUCGGAAAAUUCAACACGAAAUAAGGAUCUCGCAGAUAAAGUUAUUCAUUAUGGCAUAAGCUUCUUUGAAAUGUAAGUCCUCCCCAACAAAAGUACUGUCUUGUAUAAAUGGAGGACAACUAAAGGAACAUAACGUUGAAAUUUAAAAUCUUAAAACAGUAAAAAAAAAUUAUCUCCUUAUCUUCUAUGUCCUCUAUAUACCUCUGAUGAUAAGAUCGUCUAUAAUUUCCAUCAUUAGUCCCUCUCCCUCAAUUUCUCCCCCUCUCUCUCUCUCGCUCUGUGUUCUUCCUUUCUCUCUUGUGAAAGUGUUAGUACCUUUACCUCGAUAUACACGCAAAUGUUAAUUUUGAAUAAGUGAUUAUAUAAAACGUUAGCGAAUAUAAUGAUAAGAAUUUCAUUAGUUCAUAUUUUCCAGUUUAUUGAUGCAUGUGGAUUAUCUCUUAGCUUCUCAUAUUUUUUACCGAAUAAACCUUUUUAAGAUCAAAUUUGUCUGACUUAAUUGGUAAAUAUCGUUGUGUCCUGGCUAAGAGGAGUAUAUUUCAUAACUAUAAGCAGAUAUCGUGUGAACCCCCCCCCCAAAAAAAAAAAAAAAAACCUCUUUA